ACCUUGAUCAAUUAAGGUAUUUCUGACUUUUGGGUGAAGUGGCUUGGAGCCUCAAGUUACAUGAUCCACGAUUUUUUGUGUUCACACUCAUUUCGCACACACUCUCGCACACACGUCCGACCAGGCUCUCAAGACGAAUUACCUGUUUCAGCGCACGAGUAUUUCGAUUGGUAUUUCAAAUUUUUGGUGUUGAUUUUUUUCAUCACAAAUUAUUUGAGCAAAGAGCUACUCGACUUCGUCAACAACCGACAAUGGAGUUCAAUUUUAAAGGAAAGACAAUUCUCGUAACAGGCGCGGGGCAAGGGAUUGGAAAGGGCGUUUGCCUGAAGCUGGUGAACAGCGGGGCCAAAGUUAUAGCCGUUUCAAAAUCCAAGGAGUCCCUGGAUGAGCUGGCGAAGAAAAACCCCAACAUCGAGCCGAUCGCGGUGGACCUGGACAGCUGGUCCGAGACGAGAAAGGCGCUCUCCAACAUUGGCCCGGUCGACGGACUCGUGAACAACGCAGCCAUCGCCAAGAUCAAUCACUUCUUCGAUAUAACCGAGAAUGAUAUCGACAGCUCGUUCAGCGUCAACGUGAAAGCAGCCAUCAACGUCGCGCAAAUAGUGGCCAAAGGAAUGGCCGAACGAGGGAAAGGCAGUAUAGUCAACAUUUCAUCUCAAUCAGCGAUGAAGGGUCACGAGGACCACACGAUUUACUGCGGGACGAAGGCUGCGUUGGACGGCGUGACUCGGGUGAUGGCCCUGGAGCUGGGCAAGUACAACAUCCGGACCAACUGCGUCAACCCGACGAUCGUCCUCACCAAGAUGGGCCGCAACUGGUGGUCGGAGCCCUCCAGGGGGGAACCCGCCCUCGAACGCAUCCCCCUCGGCAGAUUCGCCGAGGUUGACGAGGUGGCCGAUGCUGUGAUGUUCCUGCUGAGUGAUAAUUCAGCCAUGAUCAACGGAAUUUCGCUCUUGAUCGAUGGCGGUCAUGUCGCCUCACCUUACCGCGCCAGCAAGUGAACCGGUGCUGAAUCUCUUCGACCAACUGAAAAUCAUCUGAUUUCAGGACAUUCCGUCGACGAUUUUUUUUCCGCGUGCCUGUUUUGUCCAGCAGUCUGCGUCCACGUGUAAAAUAAGAGUUGUGUAAAAAGAAACUAUACAAAAAUGAAUAUAAAAGAGGAAAAACCAAAAGAUAAAAGAAAUAAGUAAAGUGCUUUGGGGAUCAUUAAAUUUGACACGGA